GAAAGCGUGUGUAGUGGGGCGGGGGAAAAAAAAGAAAAAAAAGAAAGAGGCCAAGUCCGUAGUCCCGGUUUGUACAUGUCUCUUUCCUUUUCGGGGGGCUGUGCAUCUACAGGCGAGCAAAACGGGACUCUAUACAUUUUCUGCACCAGUCACUCUUUUUCCUAUUGGGAAGGCAUCCGGUUAUUCAUGCUACUCGGGUGCAGGAGCGGGGCUUUUUACCCCCAGCUAACUCCCUGGCAGCCGCUGAAUAACCAUAGAAAAAACUCUUGAUCCCUCCAAUUGCGAGUUCUUGGACGAAGAUUUUUUUUUUAAUCAUUAUUACCGGUUUCGCUUGGCGACGUGGGCAUUUUUCAUUUUUUUGGUAGGGUUUUUGUGUCUGUAUCUUAAGGAUUUUUUUUUAGUAGUGGGCGUGCUGCUUCUGCCGAGACACCGAGUACAGUAUUAGGAGAGGGUGAAAGACGGGGGCAAAAAAAGCCACCCACUUGUGAACGCCAGAGUGGGGGAAGAGGUGAGAGAGAGAAAAGUAGGAUUGGCAGCUGUUUUGGUUUUUUUUUACUUUUUUUUAAAAGCAAGGCACUCUUUUCACUUAGAGAGCCGGGAGUCUGCUCUCAAACUCGCAGUGCAAAGUUGCGGCGAGAGGCGUGCGCAAGUAGCUGGAGAGGCAAACGCGGUGUGGAGCUACAACUACUUCCCGGAGGGAGUCGUGCCUUAAAUAACGGAGGAACCAAGCGCUGGCCAAAGGGGGCUUGGAGAGCUCCGAACUGAGCGGCAAAGUUGAGGGUCUUGUUUCCAGCGGGUGGCCAAGCUGAGCUCCACCGACUUCCCCGCAGCCGCUGCGGCGCGCGCCGAGCCCCCAAAAUGGUGCAGCAGACGAACAACGCGGAGAACACGGAAGCCCUCCUGGCCGGUGAGAGCUCGGACUCCGGGGCCAGCAUCGAACUGGGCAUCGCCUCUUCUCCCACUCCGGGCUCGACUGCUUCGACCGGGGGCAAAGCGGACGAUCCGAGCUGGUGCAAGACGCCCAGCGGGCACAUCAAGCGGCCCAUGAACGCCUUCAUGGUGUGGUCUCAGAUCGAGCGGAGGAAGAUCAUGGAGCAGUCCCCGGACAUGCACAACGCGGAGAUCUCCAAGCGCCUGGGCAAGCGGUGGAAGCUGCUCAAGGACAGCGACAAGAUCCCUUUCAUCCGGGAGGCGGAGCGGCUGCGCCUCAAGCACAUGGCGGACUAUCCCGACUACAAGUACCGACCCAGGAAGAAGGUGAAAUCGGGCACGAACUCUGGGAAGCCGGGUGAGAAGAGCGGGGGUGGAGGGAGUGGCGGCGGCGGCGGCAAUCAGGGAGCAGCCGCCUCCGCUGCUGCUUCCAACUCUUCCAAGCUUGCCCAGAAAAAGGGCAGUGCCGCCAAACUCUCUCCCAGUGGCGCCGGCAAGCCGCAUCCCAAACUCAGCCCGAGCGGAGGAGGCGGCACAAAAGCUCCGUCCUCUUUUGCAUCGGAACAGCCGGCUGCCCUCCUGCCCCCGGAGCACCAUUCUCUCUACAAAUCCCGCGCCGCCUCGCCGGGCUCCUCCUCGCCCUCCAGCAGCAGCAGCAGCAGCCAUAGCAGCAGCCGGCAUCUCCCUGAGAAGAAGGCCAAGCGGCUCUUCCUCUUCUCCCACUCGUCGCCCGGCGGCGCCGUUCCGGCCAGCCCGACCCUCAGCACUUCCACAGAAGCCAGCGACCCGUUGAGCCUCUACGACGAAGUAGCGGCCAUGGGCGGACGCCCGGACGGCGGGGGCGAGCCCUCCGCUUCCCCCGUGGGCGACUGCUCCCCUUCGGACCACCGAAGCUACACCAGCCUGCGGGCGCCGUCGCCGACCCUUUCGACCUCGCACUCUUCGUCGGCUUCCUCCUCCGCCUCCUGCGCUUCCUCCUCCUCGGACGACGAGUUCGAAGACGACCUGUUGGACCUCAACCCCAGCCCGGGCUUCGACAGCAUGGCGCUGGGCAGUCUGAGCUCCUCGGUCCUCGACAGGGAUCUGGAUUUUAACUUGGAGCCUGGCUCCGGCUCUCACUUUGAGUUCCCAGACUAUUGUACCCCGGAGCCGAAGUACGAGAGAAGCACGUUUCAGACUCCGGUGAGAAUCUAGUGGCUUAAACAGGAAUGGCAACUUUACAAGCAGGAGGGGGUGGAAAUCUCGCACAUCUUUUGCUGGUUGAAUUGGAAGGGAGGGAGAUUCUGCGAUGUGUAUUAGAUGUGUCCUUUGGGUUAGGAGCUGAAUGCUGGUGCUCUAAAACAAAUCUGCAGAGCUGCAGCCAAUUUGCGUUUUUGGAAGGUUCUCUUGUUAUACAUCAAAAGGGAUGGGGGGAAAGAGGAUGGCCCUGGGAACUGGACCGAGCCCUAAAUGGAAUGAAAAGGCAAGACAAGCAUUUGUAAACUGAACUGGAAAUUCGGCUGAAAACAAAAAUAAUAAAAUCGAAAAGGAUUUGCACGUAUGUGGGAGAAGGUGGUGAUUUUCUUUGCCACCCAUUACCUUAUAUUCAUAGAAAUCAUAUGUGGAAUUUCAGCAACACAUAACUUUUUUUAAAAUGGAAACAUUCUAUAGAACAUACCAACUGUAAUAAUGUGGUACACAUUACAGGGGAAAUUGAGGGCGAUUGCUCUUUCUUGCAAAAAUGUGUUUUUCUUACUCAGAAUCGUGAUGGUGUUGGAUUAUUUCUCUGGUGGGUUUUAAUAUAGCAUGUUAUCCUAUCUUUUGGAGGGUUUUUUUUGUAAGACUGUUGAACAGUUUAAAAAGAAAUAGUGUUAGAAUAAUAUAAAAAGCAGAUAGAUGGCGCUAUGUUUGAUUCCUUCAAAAAUUAUCACCAGCUUUUUUUCACUCUUAACUCUUUAAAGGAUUCAAACGCAACUCAAAUCUGUGCUGGACUUCAAAAAAGAACACAGGACCAAAUUUUUCCUCAGUGUGUGUGUGUGUAUGUGUGUGUGUUCCUCUGUAGCUGUAAAUGAAGACUUUUUUCACACCAGGAUUCAUUCUUGAAAUGUUUUUUUUUUUCUUUCUAAAUGGAAUUGGAUGCCAUUUUAUAAGUGAAGUAUUUAUACUGGCCAAAUGUUUUUACUUGUAUUCCUUUGUCCUUUUUUUGAUAGUUCUGUUUGUUACCCACACCAUUUUUAUGUCACCUUCACUGAAGGGCUAGAGUUUUAACUUUUAAUUUUUAUAUUUAAAUGUAGACUUUUGACACUUUUAAAAACAGAAGAGAAGAUGAAAACGUUUGAUUAUUUUCUCAGUGUAUUUUUGUAAAAAAUAUAUAAGGGGUGUAAAUUGCUGUUUUGGAUUUCCUGAUUAUAAAUAGGGCUGCUGGUUAAUCUCUCACACAAAAUCAGUCCCUACUUUCAUCAUGUUUACACUCCAAUCUGCAGGCUUCUUAAAGAGACAGUAUCUCUUCUAUCUACCAUUCAACUCUACUUGUGAGUUGACAGAGGGAUUGAACUCUAAUUCACUGUAGGGCUAAUUUCUAACAAAUCUUCCCUCAAAAUAAAUGUUACAUUGUACAGAGAAAACAAUAUUUUUCAGGAAAAAGGGAUCCUGUAGCUUUAACUUCAAAACCACAUCUUUUGCACUUUUUGUAAGCAAAAACAAAGUAAAUAAAAACCAUGCCAUUUAAAUCACUGGACCUAUCUAAAUGCCGAUUUGAGUUCGCAACACUAUGUACUGCAUUUUUCAUUCUUGUAUUUGACUAUUUAAUCCUUAUACUUGUCGCUAAGUAUAAUUGUUUUAGUCUCUUAUGGCAUGAUGAUAGCAUAUGUAUUCAGGUUUAUAGCUGUUGUGUUUAAGAUGAGAAAAAGUGAAAACAUCUUUGUACAUUUAAGUCUGUAUAAUAAUAAGCAAAAAAGAUUGUGUGUUUAUGUAUGUUAAUAUAACAUGACAGGCAUGAGGACAUCUGCCUAAUGAAGAGGUUCCGUUAAGGGUUUUUUAAUCUUUGGUUUCCUUUUUAGUUUUUUGGUCAUCCAUCCUGUGCAAUAUGCUGUGUGGAAUAUCUUUGUCUAAGGAUCUGCCCAUAAUAACAAUGUUGGGUGGGGAGGGGAGGGGAGGGGAAAGCUGGCUAAUAAAAGCCAAGUUCACUGCCUGUCAGAUUGUCAAUAUUCUUUCUGUAAAUAACCUUUUCCCCAAAGGAAAUAAAAUCAGCUGGAA